GUCUACAGAGCGGGGGAUUCCCCGAGGGAAGUUCCCAACUCAACUAGGCUAUGUAAAACAUACAUUGCCAUAUCCUCUCCGGCGCUUCGUAACUUUGCAUCUCAAGAUUAGGGCGACGACGCUGCGGUGGUGUCAAAACAAGAAGAAGAAGAAGAAGAAGAGAAAAGCUUUAACAGUUAAUGAAGGUAAGAGGGACGCUCAACGCUGGGAGAGAGGUAACUGAUCUGUGGAGUUCCUGCUCGGUUAGUUUAUCCAACACCGGUUGAAUGAGCUAUAGCUGAGCGAUCAGUAACAGCUUAAAGAAUACGGAACUGUGUGAAGUAUGUUCUUUUAAACGACGCUUUUUAAAAACCUGAUCCACGGCUGUGUCCCGGAAGGCUCCAGUGAUAUUUAAAGCCUGUAGGCUACACUACUCAUGCAAGGGAGCUGCUGGUGUGUAGCACCUCUGUGACUUUUAUUCUGAAGAUCGCUGAAUAAUUGAUCAACUGCCUUCAAGCCUAUUGCGACAGGCUCAUGUCUGCUGCGUCAGUGAUGAUUGUGGAGCACAAGGCAUGGAAAGGAACAUCGGAGACCAGCUCAACAAAGCUUUCGAAGCUUAUCGCCAGGUCUCCAUCGAAAAGGACAAUGCAGAAAAGCAGCUGCAGCAAAGGACUGAAUUUUAUGAGCGACACACUCAGAAGCUUCAAAAGCAGAUAGAAGAACAGCAGCAGCUGAUCGCAGAACUUAAAGCUAAGUUGUCAGCAGCAAAGCAGCCAUCAGGAGAGAUGAAAUGUGAGCCCUGUAACCAUCUCCUUGACGGGGCCAGCACUUAUAGGAAAAUGCAGCACACGGAGAAUAUGGGCACCGUGGCUCCCGCUUUGCCAGUCAGCAGCACCGUUGACUAUCAGGACAUGGUGGAGGCAUUUGAAGCCAUUCAAGACAAAUUCCGCCACAUUCGGUCUCUAGCGCGAAGGCAGAAAGAUCACCUAAAAAGGUUCCACGGAGGGAAUGAUGCAUCGACCGAUCAGCGGUUCUCCAUGCCCAUCCAGUGCACAGACCGCACCGCAGAGGCAGAGAGACCCUUUCCCUCGGCUUUGAGGUCAGCGGCGGACAACCCUCUCCUGCCCACAUCUCUCGCGUCCCGCGGCGCCAGCCAGGACGACAGGGACCUGGUGGACUCCCUCACCAAACUCAGCGUCAAAUUUCCGCCCUCCGCGGACAGUGAAUACGAGUUCCUGAACAGCGCUCCGGAGAGGCCGAUCGGCCUGCCCAUGAAGCGGCCUCUCGGCAGCGUCUCCUCCACGCUGACAGAGGAGGAGCCCGUGAAACUGCCCAUGGCUUUUGUCUACCCCACAUCCCCCUCCCACUCAACAUCAUCUUCGCUCUCCCAGGAGAGCGUGCGGGGACCCCAGCAGCCUCUCUGGAGCCCUGGGCUGUGUGAUCCGGAUGACGUGGGGACGGAGCUGGCGACGCCUCAGAGCAGCAGUCCCGAUAAAUGUGCUUUCUGCCACGCUGUGGUUCCUCAGGACCGAAUGACCAGCCACCUCUACUUGCAUUUCUCUACUAAGACUGAAGCCGACAGCGGAGGCAGAGACUGACGGGUACAAGGCCACAGCUACUUCCAGACUUUUACUGUUUUUCAUGGUCUUGUCCUGCCUGCCAUGAACUAUGAGCGCUGUAUUGGAUUUGAGAGAAUGACACUGCGAUAAGACUUGAAUCCAUUUAUUUAAUACUGAAGAAUUGAAUGGUACACUUUCCCUGCCCAUUAUAUUUUUCUAAUACCACGCUUCAAUUUAUUUUUUAUUAUUAUUAUUUUUUUUUUUGCGUAAAGGUAUAUAUGAGCAAAUAAACCAACAUUUACUCUUGCUGCAAUUUUUAUCACUUGAAGAUUUUUUUGUUUUUUUUUUUCAACGUGCAGUUAAAAAAGAUGUAGUGGAUGUGACCACACAUCAAGACAUGAGGCACACCAUCUUUAUUACCUUUCUCCCUCAAACAUGUGUAUAAUUUUUUUUUUUAAAACGUAAUUUGAAAUAAUCUCCCUAAUUAUUAGCUGUUGCUAUGUACAGUACACGGCAUUACCUCCGCCCUCCUUUUAUGCUCCCUUUGGAGUCUAUAUCUCAUGACAACCAUAUGUUACACGUUAGAGAUGUCAACAGUAUGCAUGAAGUGACUUAAACAAUAACCAAUUAGGCUUCUCUACAGUGGUGGACUGGCUGAUUAGCGCUGUUUUCAGGUGAAUUCCCAUCAUUGCAGACUUAAGGCUGGAUAAUUUCAAGCAGAUGUGUAUCAUUCUCUGUGAUAUUACCAACUUUAAGAUUCGCUUAAAAGUUAAUAUGCCAUGUGUUCAUUAAGAUUUCCCGCGUGUUGUUUAAUUAGACGCUGUCUGUAUAGUUAAGAUGUAUCAUAGGCAACAUUUGGCUGUAUUUAUGUAGGCAAUUUAUUUAAAAGGUGACGUGCCAGUUAUGUUAUCCAGAGUAAUAAAGUGAUUGUAGGUGUGCCACUUUUAAAUUA